AUGCGUCCAAACAUAAUUUUUUUAUUCAUCGAUGACCUGGGCUGGGACGACGUAAGCUUCCACGGGUCCCCCCAGAUCCCGACGCCCAACAUGGACGUCCUCGCCGCAGACGGCAUCAUCCUGAACAACUACUACGUCCAGCCGGUUUGCACGCCUUCCAGGGCGGCGCUCAUGACCGGACUCUACCCCAUCCACACCGGCAUGCAGCACAGCGUCCUAAUGCCCGCACAGCCGUAUGGAUUGCCCCUGGAGGUGACAAUCAUGCCCCAGCAUUUCAAGAACCUCGGAUACGAGACUCACAUGAUUGGCAAGUGGAACCUGGGAAACUACAAGCUAACGUACACGCCCACCUACAGAGGAUUCGACAGCUUCUACGGAUACUACAGUGCCGGUGAAGACUAUUACAACCACACUGUAUUGUGGGACAAUCGAACUGGGCUCGAUUUUUGGCUGAACACCGAGCCGUUGAGGAACGUAAGCGGAAUUUACUCCUCUCACCUAUACACAGAAAGAGCAAAAUCGCUCAUCGAGAACCGCGAUGCUUCAAAGCCCUUUUACCUCUACCUUGCGCACCAAUCUGUGCACUGUGGAAAUGACGACGACCUCCUUCAAGCACCACAAGAGAACAUAGACAAGUUUCCCUACAUCGGUGAAAGGAAUCGGACGAUGUAUGCAGGCAUGGUGGAUGCACUUGACGAGUCCAUCGGGGAGGUGUUCCAAGCACUGGGCGACGCUGGCAUGCUGGGGAAUACAAUCAUCGCCCUCAGCUCCGACAACGGCGGGCUCCCGAUUGGUGCCCACUCCAAUCGAGGCUUCAACUUCCCCCUGCGUGGCGGAAAGGGAACCCUCUGGGAAGGAGGCUGCAGAGCGACGGGUUUCAUCUGGAGUCCCCUGCUGAAGCGCAAGGGCGUCGUCUCGGACCAGAUGAUGCACGUCACCGACUGGCUUCCUACCCUUUACUCCGCAGCCGGAGGAAAUCCCCUAUCACUGGGAAAGCUGGACGGCACCGAUAUGUGGGCACCCUUGUCCAUCGGAUACGCGUCGCCGCGCUACGAGAUUCUAUACAACAUCGAUCCUAUCGACAACAAUUCGGCUCUUCGUUACACCAACUACAAGCUGGUCCUCGGUAUAACCGAAAACGGGCAGUACGACCCGCGAUUCCUGACCACAGGAGGCUCGCGUCCCUAUGACGACCUGGACCUCCUGAUGGUCCAGUCCACAGCGGCCAGGGUUCUGAGGGACCUUCGCAACAAGGGAGACCUCCAGUUUCCCGACCAGUGGCGGGAGAAGGCGACGCUCAACUGCGGCAACAAAGUGCCCAAGAACUUUGUGUCCCUGGCUCCGCCGUACUUGUUUGACCUGGCCAGCGACCCCUGCGAGAUCAACAACAUUGCCAGUUCGCAGGCAGGGAUAAACCUGCGCUUCAACCUGCGCUUCAACCUGCGCUUCAACUGCGAGUGCCAGAACGACAACGUGGUACCCAAACGUCUCCACUGCAGGACCCUCGUUGACACCCCCUACGGCCGCACGCUCGCACGGAAAUUCAGCCGCAACUGCCUGAAAGCCAGAAUCCAAGAUAACAAGCAACAAAUUCAGCAACUGGUGGCUUUCUUGAGGGGCAGGAUACAGAGCUACGCGCAGACUGCUGCGGCAACGAUCAACCAACCUACUGAUCCCAACGGAUAUCCCGAAAACCUCAACGGAACGUGGGGUUCCUGGAUCACGUGA